AUGUACUUUUUAAAUAGAAGAGUACUUUCAAUGGAGAUCUUUGUCCUUCAUUUAAAUCUUCUAAUUUUGAUAUCUGAGCAAGCCAAUGUACCGUAAAGCACAAUCAAACAAUCUAUUUUUCCAAUUCUGGUUGAAAAUGACAAAGAUGUUAAGCUAUUUCUUUUAGAUAGUGAUCCAUAUUCAAAUAUAGUUGCUGGAGGAAGUAUCUAAGCGAAAAAUGAUAAUUAUGAAAAUCCUGUUGUUGGAUACUUUGAUGAAUUAGGUCAAAACAAAUGGAUGAGAAUAAUUAGUGGUUAUUAAAAAAAUUUCGCAGUGAGCUUCCUUCAAUUGAUAAAUACGACAUACUCAUCUGUUUUCGUUCAAUUGAAUAGACCAGGGUUGGAGUAUCUAGUAAUAAAUGUGACUGAUGGUUUGAUUUUAAAAUAGCACUUGUACUAGCCUUCGAAUUAAGCUUAAGAAACUGUAAAUGUUUAUAUUGAUUCUAAUUCCACAUUAUACUCUAGUGUUAUUGACUAUAACUUAGGAAUUGGAAAUGUUUGGCUCUUUUCAAUCAAUCUAACUACAUCAGAAAUUAAGAUGACAACCAAGAUGAGAAUUAACAUAUUUUAUGACUAUUUUGAUUCUGGCUAGUAGCUCAUUGCUGGCAGUUGUAGUACGUGCAAGUAUUUGAUAUAUGCUGGAUAUUAAUUAGAAUAAUUUGAAUUCUACUACAUUGACAAAAAUUUUGUGAAUGAUCCUAUUUAUUUUGGAUAGAACCAAUAUAUUUCAAGAGGAAGAUUAAUCAAAUUGCUUGAUGAUGAUAAAACAUUUUUUUCUUGCGAAGAAACACCCUCAUCAAAUAACUUGUUUUUUGGGCGGUAUAAUGUUUGA